AUGCACUCUACUCUGUUGACCGUCUCGCUCGCCCUUCGGGACCAUAAACUCUGCAGCAAGCACACGCCACCUUUAGAGGCGGCACAGCGCAUCGCCACCCUCACCGGCCACAGCAGCAAGGUGACCGCGUCUGCGUUCAGCCACGGCUCCCCCUGUCGCCUGCUCUGCACCGCGUCUGACGAUGCCGUGCUUCUGUGGGGUCUGGCGGACGGCUCCUGCGCCCGCCUCCUCGACGCACCCCCAGACACGCCGCACCACAUCGCCUUCAACCCAACCAACCAGUUCCUCGCCCUGUGCGUGGGCUCCCUCAUCUACAUCGCUUCCCCAUCCGACAGCACCAUCACCUGCGUGCUCGAGGGCCAUGCUGGCAUGGUCACAAGCGCGGCCUUUGGGCUGGCACACCCGGCCUUCCUCGUCUCUGCCGACGACGAUCGCCGCUUCAAGGUGUGGGACGUGGCCAGGAAGUCUCUGCUGUUCCAGUCGCAGUACGAAACGCCUGCGCCGUUCACGGCCGCUUGCUUUGACACGGAGGGGUACCGCUUGUUCCUUGGCGCAUCAGAUGGGUCGCUGCACGUGUUCCAGCUGGAGCCGACAGGCGUGUGCCGCCGCAUCGCCACCGUGGACUGCAAGCGACUCGCAACCAAGCUGCUGCAGACAGCAACACUCGCCCGCACCGCAGCAACAGGUCCGACACCUGCACCUCCUCCAGUCCCGGCCAUGGCGCCCGGAUUACAACCGCAGCAGAGGCGGCAUGUCCCCGGGCGCUGGGGCCUGACGCGUGAGGCAACAGCGGAGGAGGCCGUGGACACGUUUGGUGUCGCCUCUACCCAAACCGCAGCACCAACAGUUGUGUCGAGCGAGACGAGUGCGCCCGCGCUUGCGGCGUGGAAGCGAAGCCAGUCCACGGCGAGUCAUGAGGGUGGCGCGGUCACGGUGGCGGAUGGUGUUGGACGUGUUGGAAACGAGAGCAACAGCAAAGGCAGUGUAGGUGGUGUCAGUGGUGGGCUUGAGUGCCAGGGCGUGAGCGACGACUUACUUGACGAUGACAUGACCAUCCUUGCCAUCGGUCGCAUCAUGUACGAUGAUGCGGCUCCACUCCAACAGCAACAACAGCAGCAACGUGGCCAUGGCGUGGAUGAUGAGCAGCAGCGCUCGUCCCGUGCCAUGCAGGAGUACCUGCAGAUGGUUGGAGGAGCGACACACGACAGCGUGCAUACGGCAUCGUCCUCUGUGCUCGGGUCCUUGCAGGCGCAGCGGACACGCAUGGCAAUUGCGACAUCGCAGGCGCUCGUGCUGCUUAAUGGCCACACGUUCAAAGGCGCCGGUGUCUACAGAUGGGCAAGAGAGGAGGACUGGACCAGCUAUCCGCCUGCAUCGCAGGCCACGUUGCCAGCCAGCAUUGCAUCAUGUCACCUGUCCUCUGCGCGCGUGUCGUGUGAAACAUGUGGGAUUGACGUCACCCUCGCAUCGGUUGCCGGUGCAUUUCAACGCGCCGUCCACACCAUCGCCCUCAGUCGGCGCGCCACGCCUCUUGUUGCUGGUGUUGGCGAUGGGGGUGGCAGUGGUGAUGAGGGUACUGCCACGGCUGCGCAGUGCUCGCUGUCUGUUCAGGCGACGGCGCCGCUUGAAAGCAACUCGCCGCUACACGCCGUGCUGCAGCCAAAGCCGCCCGCCUCAAAGAAGAGCAAGUCGGCUGGGCGGCGACCGAAGAAGCUGCCAUCUGGUCGAAGGGCAACGAGGACCGACCAGGCUGUUACAUUCCGCACAUCGAUCAAGAGUUCAGGUGAAGAAGCUGCGACGUUGAUUUUGGGAGGCGGGAGGGGGGAGGCGGAGUUGACAGCAUGGGAUGUGAGCCGAUAUCCACUUGAUGGCCCGCCACCAUCGCGCCUCAUCGACACAAAACCGCUGACGGCGACAACACACACGUGCGGUGCUGUUGGCCUUGCACUGAACCAGGAGGGGACGGGCGUGUGCGCAUGGCUCUCCGAUCGCACCGUGCACGCGCUCCCAUCUCGCCUCUCCAGCGAGAAGCCAAGCCGUGUUGGCGUGGCGCACAACGCAACGGUGACGCGGGCGUCGUGGUCCCUGGAUGGGCGGUGGAUUCUCUCCGCUGCCGCUGAUGAACACCCGAUUGUCUGGAAUCCAGACAAGAUUGAGCGCAGAGUUGACGCUGAUCCUCCGGUGGCCGUGCUUCGCAUGUCGACCCUCCGUCACAACUUCAAGCAGAAGGCGCAAGAUACGACGCCAAACCCGCCCAUGACGAAGUUGCGGGAUGCGCAGUUUUAUUACAUGGACCGCUUCAUCCUCACCGCCCACGGCACCGAUGUCUGCAUGUACAAGUACCACCUCGACCCAACAGUUGAUGACAUCAAGCGAUAUGUGAACAAGAGCAAAUACAAGAUGGUCGUGUCGCUUCGAAACAGACAGGCGCACGCGCUGACAUGUCUGUCCGCAGUGAACAGUUUCCACAGCCACAUCGUCCUCGCCGCCGCCUCCGACCGCUCGAUCUCCAUCUUCGACAUGAACCGGGCAACGCUUGCGCACACGAUACAGCGUGCGCACUCGCGGUCGAUUUACCGCAUUGCGCAACACCACGGCUCCCCGGUUGUGUCGCAUCCACCAGACGCAUACAACCUCUUCCUCACCGGCGCCCUCUCCGAUGGCAUUGCGCUCUGGGACAUUCGUGCAAACGAGUGCGUGCGUGCGUGUGUGUCUCACACGUCCCGCGCUGUCCCCGUUGGCUUUGAGUUCAGCCCCUGCGGCCGGUUUGUCAUGUGCGGAUCAGAGGACAAGGCCGCCUACGUCUACGAUAUCCGACAAGGCCUGCUGCUGAACAAGCUUGGAUCUCACCUCGAUGUCGUCACAGAUGUCGCGCAUCAUCCACUCAAGCCCGUGGUGUUUACGUCGUGCAUGGAUGGCCGGCUACGGGUGUUUGGACCUCCAUGA